GUUGUCCUCUUGUCCACCAGGGGUCCGCGAGGCCCCGGUGACCCGGAACAGCUCCGGGUUGUUUUCCUUCCUGUUGGCCGGUGAACGCUGCUCGGCCCCGGGAUGCCUCUCAGCGGAGCCCCGGCGGGCCCCGGGCCCCGGGCCCUGACGGAGCGUGUGUCGGAGCAGCUGCAGCGGGUGGGGGAGGUGUUGGGGCUGUUGCAGAAGCGCAGGGGCGGCUGCAGGGGGUCGGGGGGCCUGCUCCACCGGCUGCGGCUGCUCCUCACCGAGCGGCUGGCGGCGGCCGCGGGGCGGGUCGCGGGGCUGUUGGAGCGGGAGCUGGAGGAGUGUCGGCGGCAGCUGGAGCGACAGAGCCGCCUGCUGGAGGCGCUGCUGAGCCCGGUGGUCCGACUGAACCGGGUCGACGCCAUCAUUUCAUCCACUCUCAGGUCGACCGACACCAACGAAAACCAGACCUUCCUGUCAGAGGUCGACACCGGCCACCUCCCCACUGCCCCGUCAAGCUCCGCCUCCUCUGACGUCUCUGCACCUGAAAGCGACAACGACUGGAAGACCAGCGACAAAUCCUCCUCUAAUGACGACACAAACAAGAUGGAGGGCGAUGGAGGCCAACGGUCCUGCAGCAGGAGACAGUGGAUGGCGCCAUUAGACUGGCCGGCGACUCACAGUUGUGUCGUCUGUAGAGAAAGUUUCCAGCACAAAGGAAAUCUGGUGAAACACGUAGAAUCUCAUGCAGACAAUCCCGAGCUUCUCUGUGGAGCCUGUGGAGAAUGUUUCGAGUCCUCAGACAGUUUGUUGGAUCAUAUCAGAUCUCACAGAGAAUUAGGCACCGGGACAUGUCAGAUCUGUGGCAAAACAUUUCAAAACAUGGAGACGCACAUGAGGAGUCACACAGGAGUCAAACCAUUCAGCUGCGAAAUCUGCAGCAAGAGCUUCCCCCGACCCGGGGCGCUGAGGAGGCACAAAAAGAUCCACAGCCGGAGGACCCCCGACACCCAAAACCACAUGAUUCAGAAGCAUCUGACGAGCCACGAAACGGACAGAGAUCAGAGUGAGGACAGUCAGACUGAGACUCUGAAACCACAGAGAGUCAAAAGACACACCUCAGGACCGAAGUCCUCUCAGUCGUCCUCGCUCUGCUGCAGAGUCUGUGGUGAUUCCUUCCACAGCCAAGGGUUCUUGAGGAAACACGCGGAGAUGCACUGCAGGGAGUCUCAGGGUGUCUGUGGCGUCUGCGGACAGCAGGCGGACUCACCUGACAGUCUGCUGACCCACUUACAGUCUCACAGAGAGACUAGUGGGACCUGCAGCGUCUGUGGAAAGAUUUUCCAGAACAUGGAGACGCACAUGCGAAGCCACACAGGGAUCAAACCCUACAGCUGCAGCAUCUGUAACAAGCGCUUCCCUCGACCUGGAGCCCUGAGGCGCCACAAAAAGAUUCACACCGGGGAGCGACCUUACCACUGCCAGCACUGUGGGAAGACCUUCACCGAGAGCAGCGCCUUAAAGACUCACAGCAGGAGUCACUCAGGGGAAACCCUCGAUGACAAGAACCCUGAGCCUCCAGCGGACUCCCAGAACCUGGAGUCUGAGAUGACUGUCCAAGAAAGUGCUAAGACGGCGCCUCCAUCGUCUCACUGCUGUAAAGUCUGCUGUGAAUCCUUUCAGAAUAAAGACAGUUUGAGGAAACACGCAACGAGUCACUCAGCAGAGUCUGUCUGUGGCGUCUGUGGUGAAAGUGUCCCGCCAUCAGAGGCGCUGAUAGACCAUCUGCAGACUCACAGAGACGCAGGUAAAAUUUGUCACAUCUGCGGUAAAACCUACCAGAACAUCGAGACCCACAUGCGGAGUCACACCGGUGUCAAACCGUACCGCUGCAGCAUCUGUGGUAAAUCCUUCCCACGGCCCGGUGCUCUGCGGCGCCACAAGAGGAUCCACAGUGGGGAGAGGCCGUACAUCUGCGAGUUCUGUGGGAAGACGUUCAUCGAUAACAGCGCUCUGACGAUGCACAUCAGGAAACACACCGGGGACAAACCGGCGCAACGUGUCUCAUGCGAGACCUGCGGUAAGAGCCUGGCAUCCGUUCAGGUCCUGGAGGUUCACAAGAGGAUCCACACAGGCGAGAAACCGUUCCAGUGCCGCGUCUGUGGGAAAGCCUUCAGGCAGGUGGGAGGGCUGAAUGCCCACAUGCUGACCCACACCGGGGAGAAGCCGUUCAGGUGCAUCCUCUGCAACAAGAGCUUCAGCACCAAAGGAUACCUGGAAACCCACAUCCGCUUCCACAGGAAGGAGCGAGUGUUCAGCUGCCACCUGUGCUGGAAGUCCUUCGUCACCAAGAACGACCUAAAGAAGCACCUGUUGACCCACACUGGAGAGAAACCCUUCAGCUGCAGGGUCUGUGGGAAGAGCUACCAGGAGAAACGCUCCAGAGACGUGCACAUGAAGGUCCACCUGGACGUCCAGAUCAGCAAAGAGCCAAUCAGGAGGGAGGACGGCCCGCAGCCAGAGUUCAUGCAGCUGUAGUGUUCACACAGACUGACGGGUUAUUGAAUAAAACUUUUUAUAAAAUAA